UCUCUCCAGUGCUCCCUUACGGGGAAGUGGCUGAAUGACCUGGGCUCCACGAUGCGCAUCUCGCCCCCCGACGACGCCGGCGCCUUCUCGGGCUCCUACCUGACCAAAGUGAGCAUCUCCAACCAGACCAUCGUGAAAUCGCCCCUGUGGGGCGCUCAGCACAAGAGGGACCAGCCCACCUUCGGCUUCGUCGUCCUCUGGAACUUCACAGCAACCACCACCACCUUUGUGGGCCAGUGCUUCGUGGACGAGAAGGGAGUCGAGACACUGGAGACCCUCUGGCUGCUGCGCAAAGAGGUGCCGAAGCACGGCGACGACUGGUGGGGCACGCUGGUUGGCAAGAAUGUCUUCAAACGCAUCAAGUGACGGCAGCCCGAACACCACCUACCCUCCGCAGCCCUUGCUGUGUCUGCCCAAUAAAACACCCCCUUGCA